UGUUCGAAUUCGCGGAGAAGAAAGGUCUAGUGCUCCUCGACGCGUACCAUUAUCGGUUCCACCCAGCGUUAAAACGAGCAAAGGAAAUCCUGGGUAGUGGUGAACUGGGAGCCAUCAAGCACAUCCAAGUGGACUUCACCCUUCCCAAGGGAUUUAUGAGCGACAACGAUAUCCGUUUCGACUAUGCUUUGGGCGGAGGGGCAAUGAUGGAUCUUGGAUGCUACGCCAUGAACUGUAUCCAGUACGUGUCAUCGUCGGACCCGACAGAGGUGAUCGCAGCGGCACAGGACCCAUUCGUCCCCCACAAAGCCCCCAUGUCUUUCAUCAAGAACGUGGACAGGAGGACACUCGCGACGCUUGCUCUACCUAGGGAUGCAACUGCAAGCCUCGUUUGCGACCUGAGCGAGCCACCAAGCCUGGGCAUCAUUCCUAAAUUGCCCCAGCUCACCUUCUGGGUCGAAUGCGAGCUGGGCACGCUGGAGUUCUUUAACUUCAUCCUUCCGACCUUGUACCACUCUAUCACCAUCAAGAUUCGUGGAGGGCACACUCGGGUGGAGAAGGUGUACAAGGCGGCGCAUAGGAAAGGAGAGGAGUGGUGGUCGACGUAUCGCUACCAGCUGGAGGCGUUUGUCGACAAGUUGCGAGGAAGAGAGCUGGAGACGUGGGUACCAAAGCAUGACUCGAUAGCGACGAUGGCAUGGAUUGAGAAGGUGUACAAGAAGGCCGGUCUUGGGGUGGUGACAUGGGUCACUGUUCAUAACGGCUUUGGGAUGCUGUGCGAGGAUUUCACGACACCACGUUGGGCUUGUCUGUCUGAUGUGAAUGCAAGGCGGCCAUGAG